UAGGGGGCGGGGUUAGUGGUCAGAGCUGCUGAGUGGUUGUUGGUGUGUUCAGAGUGUGGUGCUGUCAGUGGACCAUGGCCUGUCUGAUGGCCGCCUGGUCCGUUCACAACCCAUCUGUGACCAACUCCAUCAUCAUGAACACCAACGGACCCCCGGAUCUGAUGCUGGACCCUCGGACGGUGUGCGUUUGUUUGGAUGAGACGGUCUACAAAUGUCCAACAAGCAUCCAGACACCGAUGCUGCAGGGACAYCUGAAGAAGGUGGACGGACCACUGAAGAGGGUGGACAGACCACUGAAGAAGGUGGACAACAACCUGACAGAGGCCCAGAGGUUCUCCUCAUUACCCCGGAGACCGGCCGUCAACAUGGAGUUCAAAGACGUCUCGUACUCAGUUAGAGAGGGACCCUGGUGGAGGAAGAAAGGUUACAAAACUCUGCUCAAAGGGAUCUCUGGGAAAUUCAUCAGCGGUGACCUGGUGGCCAUCAUGGGGCCCUCGGGGGCCGGAAAGUCCACCCUGAUGAACAUCCUGGCUGGGUACAGGGAGACCGGGAUGAAGGGUGAGAUCCUGAUCAACGGUCAGCCCCGAGACCUGCGCUCCUUCAGGAAGGUUUCCUGUUACAUCAUGCAGGACGACAUGCUGCUGCCGCAUCUCACCGUUCGAGAGGCCAUGAUGAUUUCAGCCAACCUGAAGCUGCAGGAGAAAGUGGAGGCUCGGAGGGAGAUGGUCCAGGAGAUCUUGACGGCCCUGGGUUUGCUAGACUGUGCUGAAACCCGAACUUCCCACCUGUCGGGGGGUCAGAGGAAGAGGCUGGCCAUUGCUCUGGAGCUCGUCAACAAUCCUCCGGUCAUGUUCUUUGAUGAACCCACCAGCGGUUUGGACAGUUCGUCCUGUUUCCAGGUGGUCUCUCUGCUCAAAGCUCUGGCUCGAGGAGGACGAACUGUCAUCUGCACCAUCCACCAACCCAGCGCCAAACUCUUUGAGCUCUUUGACAAGCUGUACGUUCUGAGCCUGGGUCAGUGCAUCUACAGAGGGAAGGUGUCCAGUCUGGUUCCGUACCUGAGAGAYCUCGGACUGAACUGCCCCACCUACCACAACCCGGCCGACUUCAUCAUGGAGGUGGCAUCCGGGGAGUACGGGGACCAGAUGGUGAGACUGGUGAGAGCCRUCCAGGACAGGAAGUUGGAGGAGGACAACCGAAUGGAGUUGAACGGAGAUGCUAACCUCCACCCGCUCCUGUGGCAGCGCGCUGACGAGAAUUGUUCGUCUGAAGGUUGUCACAGCUUCUCUGCCAGCUGCAUGACUCAGUUCCUCAUCCUCCUCAGGAGAACUUUCCUCAGCAUCCUCAGAGACUCGGUGCUGACCCACCUGAGGAUCUCCUCCCACAUCGGGAUCGGUGUUCUGAUUGGUCUGCUGUACCUGGGCAUCGGGAACGAGGCCAAGAAGGUUCUGAGUAACUCCGGGUUCCUGUUCUUCUCCAUGUUGUUCCUGAUGUUCGCCGCUCUGAUGCCCACGGUUCUGACAUUUCCUCUGGAGUUGGGGGUUUUUCUGAGGGAACACCUGAACUACUGGUACAGUCUGAAGGCUUAUUACCUGGCCAAGACCAUGGCAGACGUCCCCUUCCAGGUCUUCUUUCCGGUGGUGUACUGCAGCAUCGUGUACUGGAUGACGGCGCAGCCCCCUGACGCCAGACGUUUCUUCCUCUUCCUGUCUCUGGGGAUUCUUACGUCGUUGGUGGCUCAGAGUUUGGGUCUACUGAUCGGUGCCGCCUCCACCUCGCUGCAGGUGGCCACGUUUGUGGGUCCGGUUACAGCGAUCCCAGUUCUUUUGUUCUCUGGGUUCUUUGUGAGCUUUGACACCAUCCCCUGGUACCUGCAGUGGAUGUCCUACAUCUCCUAUGUCAGGUACGGGUUUGAGGGCGCCAUCUUGUCCAUCUAUGGUCUGGACCGCGACAACCUUCACUGUGAUGAAGAGGAGGUGUGUCACUUCCAGAAGUCUGAGGCCAUCCUGAAGGAGCUCGACAUGUUGGACGCCAAACUCUACAUGGACUUCAUCGUCCUCGCCAUCUUCUUCAUCUCUCUGAGACUCAUUGCUUACUUUGUCCUGCGGUACAAGAUCAGGUCCGAGAGGUAGAUCACAACCAGGACCAGGAGGAUGAGGGUGCUGAGUUUAAAAACUUGUAAACCAAAGUUAGCGUGUAGCUGCUUGGACUUUGGCUCGAUGUCUUUAAGACAUAAAGACGAAAAGACUUGUUUGAGGCCUGUAAAAUUGGGUCAGUCUCGUUCAGGUCUUGCAGGGACCAGAGCCGGUCUCUUGGUCUCUGAUGGUUUCAUUGUGCCACAAUCUGAAGGUGUACAGGAAGACUGAGUGAAUCUUUUCAGAGAAAAGGUCCCCCAGGCAGCUUUGAAACAAGAUUCAGUGAAAUUUUUGUCACAUUAGUGAGUUAUCKAUGAUUAUAUUUCAACAUGAAGAUGUGUGGACUCCCAGACUGAAUAAAACCAUCUCAUUUUUUGA